AUGGACUACUAAAAACAAAAUAAAAAUUCUCAUUAAAGAUCAUAAUUUUCUAUGUAAAACUAAUCUCUAGAGAUCCUAGCUGAUGAACACCAAGCCCCCUAGGAGAGCUAUAAUAGUAGAAAGUGCCAGAGAAAUUUAUUUGAGAUAAAGUGCACUGAAAUAGAAAUUGGGCUCAAAGGAGACUAAACGAUUUCUAAUAAUAGCCUAUUUAUUGUAAAUAACAACAAUAACUCAUUCUUUGAAAAUGUUUAGUAGAAUACUGAAGGAAAUGUAAAAGAAACAAAUUGCCCUUAUAAAGAAAGAAACGAAACAUUAUCUGAGUAAUAACCUAUUGUGCUUUUAACAAAUGAUUAAUACUAGGACAACCAUUUAAAAAAAAAUAAUUCUACUAAUAAAAAGUAAGUUAAUAGCUAAAACACUAGCGGAUCUAUAAAGAGCAACAAUAAAAUAAAAAUAGGAAUUAAAGAGGAACCAAAGCGACCAAGCAUAUGGAGAUCCUAGACUUAAAUUAAAGACUAAAAUUAAAUAAAAUCUAAAAUUGAUAAUCAACUUGAUAAGGUUGAUAGUAAACCAGAUUUAUGUUAAAAGCAGGUGUCAAAGAACGGAGGUUGGAUACCAGAAGAUAUUAUAUAUGAAUAAAAUAUCUUCGAGUUGAGUAGAAAAGUUACUCUUGUUGUAAAAAAUAAUUUUACUUAAAGUAAGACAUAAAACUAUAAAGAAAGGAAGUACUAGUAGAACUUUUAGAAGGCAGCAGAUAUUGUAAAUAAGCUUUUAAAUACAUCAAUGAAUAGAAUUAUGAGAGUUAGGCAACAUGUCAGAAAUUUUAUAAUGCUUCUUAAACUCAGGUACAUGAAUCGUAGGAUAGACGAUCUCACUGAUAGCGAUUACAUGUCAAUAAAUGAUUUAAGCAAUUUUUAUAAAUCACAAAAAUAAAAAAAGAAUAGCAAUAAAUCAAAUGGAAUAUCCAUAAAAAAGAAGAGAUUUGAUUAUGUUUUCACUCUAAAAGAAAAUUAAAAGCAUGUAAUAAAAUUAAUUAACUAGCUAUUUAGUGUAGUUACUGUUGCUCAUAUUGCUGCAAUAGGAUGGUAUUUUCUUGGCGUGUAAGAAGUUGUGAGCAAAAACUAAGUAAACUGGCUAGAAAAAUUAAAUAUAUCAGAAGAAGUAUAUUACCAAAAAUAUAUAUACUCUAUUUACUGGUCAAUUACCACAAUGACAACAGUUGGCUACGGAGACAUAUCAGCAACAAAUUAUGAAGAAGCAUUAUAUAUUUCAAUAAUUAUGCUUUUAUUUAGUUGUGUCUUUGCUUACUCAAUCAACAAUAUUGGAUUCAUCUUAUAAGAAAUAGAAAAAUCUUCAAAAUAGCUGAAUGAAAAAAUAACUACAAUUUAGAGAUACUUAAACAGAAAGAAUGUCAAUAUUUCUCUUAAGAGUAGAAUCAGACAUUACUUAUCAUUUUUAGCUUAGGAAUAGAAAGAUAGAGAUAAAUAAGCUGAAGAUGAAAUUCUAUAAAUAUUAUCUAACAAAUUAAGAGAGGAGAUAACAGUUGAAAUAAAUUCUAAGAUUUUAAACAAAUAUAGCAUCUUUACUUCUAAUUUUUCUUAAUAAACUUUGGACAAAUUAGUUUUUAAAAUGACAGAAGUUUUAAUAAAUCCCAAUGAGAUAAUUUUUAGAGAAGAGUAAAAUGAUGACAUGUCAAUUUACUUUAUUUAAGGAGGUAUUAUUGAGAUUUAUUAACAAUCCAUAUAGAAAUUAGAAAAACCAAAUGUAAUUCAAACCCUUACAGAUAAUAGUAUUUUUGGAGAUAUUUCAUUCUUCUCUGGACUAUCCAGAAAAUCCUCAGCGAGAAGCAUUAAUCUUUCUACUUUGUAUAAAAUUUCAAGAGAAGAUUUUAUAGAUGUAAUUAAAGAAAAUAAUGAAGAUUAUGAAAGAUUUAAAAUGAUUUAAGAAUAAAUUAUUUUUUAAGGAGAUUUAUCUUUAAUUCAUAUUGAAUGUUAUAAUUGCUAGUAAGUUGGGCAUAUUUCUAAUUAAUGCCCUAAAACUCAUUAAAUGUUUGAUAAACAAUUUGUUAUUUUAAGAGAUAUCUACUCACUGUUUUAGUCAAGAAAAAAUAUUUAACGAAAUUUUGAGAAAAAUAAAUUCAAGCCAUUAAAUUUAAUUUAAAUAAACUAUGAAAUGAGCAACAGGCUAAAAUAGAAUUUUUAAGAAGAGGAUUGCCAAUUUUUAAAUAUGUUUGAAUCUGAUGAAAAAUAUACAGGAUCAUCUUAUUACAACUCUGAAGAUUUUGAUAGUGAAGAAUACGAAGAUUAGGGUGAUGAAGGUACGAAUUCUAAAUCACACACAAACAUUGAUAAUGCUUCAGUGGAAUCAUCUUCAAAUUUUUAAAAAUAAAAUUCUAUGCAAAAAAAGUAAAUUGGUAAAAAAAAAGAAGUUUCUAAAAAAUAUCUGGAUAGUAAUUUGAUUUGUGAAGACAUAAUCUCUAAUCUUAAUCCAGAAGUAUAAAGCAAUAGUUAUAAAACGAACUCGAAUAUGAUUAAUGAUAAUAUAGAAUAGUUGAAAAAUCAAAUUAAAAAUCAAAACUAUUUCAAGAGUGGAAAAUCCAUGGAAGAAGUAGAAUAAAUAAAAAGCAAUUAAUUUUUAGAAUAAAAUAAUAUUUAUUUUAAUUCAGAUCUGAAUCAUAAAUAAUAAACUUCAACAAAAACUGACUCAGAUUUGAACUAGUAGACCGUAAAUGAUUAAUCUUAAAAUUUUAAAUUUGAAGAAGAGGAAUAUACUAAGGAAGCAUUUACGAAUAAAAAAACUAAAACUAUAAAAUCGGCAGAAUCAAGUUUAUUAAGCUGUGAUAUUGUGCACUAAAAAGAUUAUUCUAAAUAAUAAAUUAAAAGAUAGAGUGGUACGAGUUAAAGCUUGCAAUAGCUGCACCUGAAAAGAAGCUCAUUUAAGGUUCAAGAUGAUUUUUAAUCAAACAUGAAUAAUUCAAGCUUAAAAGGAUAAGAACUUAAUAUUAAUUAAUCUAAUAAAAGAAUAAGCGUCCUUCUCAAUCAAAUUAACAAUAAUUAAAAUAUAACAACAAAAAACAGCUAAGAGUAAAUAAAUUACAGAAGUUCGAUUGAUUAAAUCUUACUGCAAGGAAUUUUAGUCAACAAUUUGAUUUAAUCGCAUUCCUCCUAAGCUAAUUUGUAAUCAGAAUAAUCUUUUAAAUUUUCGAAAAACUUUGAUGUUAGUUUAGAAAAAAAGAAAAAUAGUAUCAUAUAACAAAAUUUAACUCUUAGUAAUAAAAAGAGUUCAAUGCUCUAAAUUAAAGAAGUAAUAGAAGAGGAGCCAGUAAUAUCUAGUUACAAAAGUAUAGCUAAACUAAAGAAUAAAUAAUCUAAAGAUAGAAAUUCUAUAAUUAAAGCUUUGAGUAGCAUUAAUAAAAAUGAUGACAAUUCUACUACUACUAAGGAUGAUGAUAAAAGUAAUGAAAAUGAUAUCAAAUUAUAGCGGACUUAAUCACAGUAGAUUUAAAAUACCUAAGCUCCAUGUAAUAAUGAUUUAUAAUUAGUAGAAAGGCUUUCAAAGCUUUUAUUGAAUCCAUAGUUACCAUUAUUACUCUAAUUAACUUCUGGAAUGAGUUUUAGAGAAAUGGCAUAAAUAAAUAAUAAUAAUCAAAUGGAUACGUUUGAUAAGAUGCAUAACUUUAAAAAAUUUUUCCCUCAUAAUAACAUAGAAAUUGUUCUUAAUAAACUGAAAACAAUGCAACUAGAGUAAAAAAAAAUGAAAAAGUAGAAGAUAAUAAAUAAACCACGUCGCUAAAAUAUAUUAUUCUCAAGAUUCUAUAGCUCCCCUUCAUCAUAGGUUCAUGAAAAUUUCAAGCUUUUAUAAUAAGAAUUAAAUAUAGAUGAUUAUAGACCUACUUAUCUUUCAUAUGGAGUUAGUAAGAGAAGAGGGUUUUAAUUUCCAAGCAAUAAUCAUAACUUAACUUUAUAUUUUUGA